GGAAUUCUGAAGCGAGGGCAGACGUACAGGACUCGCGCACACAGCUAGCCUCUCUGUAAGCUAACGGUAAACAUGGAGCUGUCUGCUGUCGGAGAGAGGGUGUUCGCGGCCGAAUCGAUCAUCAAGAGACGAAUACGACGGGGUCGAAUGGAAUAUCUCGUGAAAUGGAAAGGCUGGUCACCCAAGUACAGUACUUGGGAACCUGAAGAAAAUAUUCUCGAUUCUCGCCUUUUCGUUGCCUUUGAAGAGAGGGAACGUGAGAGAGAAAUAUUUGGGCCAAAGAAAAGAGGACCUAAGCUCAAGACAUUUCUUCUAAAGGCUCAAGCUAAGGCAAAGUCAAAGUCUUAUGAAUUUAGGAAUGAUUCUUCCAGAGGAAUCCGUGUUACAUAUCCCAGUCCGGAACCUGUGGUAACCCCUAGAGCAAGAGAGGGCCUGCGUGCGGUGGUGCCCACCAUUUUUCCUCCCAGCACAGUCAACCGAGGGGAGAGUGUGUGGCUUCCACCUCUAGAACCAAGGGAGCAACAUUCUCCACACUUACCCAGACCCAGUGCUGAUACAUUUAGCUAUACCCCUAAAAAAAGGGGACGGAAACCCAAACUAAGCUUCACAGAUGGCUAUACAAGCUCAUUAAAUCCAGAGCAAGCAAAAAGAGCAGCAGAGGAAACAAUGGCAGGUAUUCCUUCCAAAAUGGCAAAGUUAGGUCUGGGAGAAGAAGAAGAGAGAUGCUGUGACAUAAGUGGGAGAUUUAAGUUAUCUCACAAGCACCUGGAUGCUACAUAUUCUCUCAAAAAGAACACAGUUGUAAAGUGGAAUUUGCAUUCCAAUAGAAUGAAUGCAGACUUUCAGGACAGCAGGACUAAAGAGCAAACUAGCCACUUUUACCAUAAUCACAUGAAACAAAUUUCAAAAAGAAGAACAUUUGAACACGGCGAUUCUAAUAACAGACAGCCUUCACUUAUCGCCAAAAUUCCAGUGUCGCGCAUAUACGGAGAGCCCGAAGAGGCAGAUACAUGGAGACCCUCCUUUAGCAAUGCAGAGCAGGUCAUAGUUACGGAUGUGACCACGAACUUUCUGACUGUAACGAUCAAAGAGAGUAGCACACGGGAAGGCUUCUUCAAAGACAAAAGAUGAUUAUGAACUGUAAUCUUUGCCCUUGUCAUGAAUCAUUUAUUAUCCAAAUAUCCUCUCCAUUGUAUAUACAAAUCUUAUAGCUUUUUGUGUCACACUGAAACCUGUAUUUAUUGUGAAAUUAUUGAUUUAAAAGUUUUGCAUGCACUAGAUAUGUUAAACAAAGGUGUUGUAAAUACAAAU